UAGAACUAGUACCUGCCCAGUUACGUACGAAUACCUACUAUACCGAUUACCUAACAAACAUAUCCACCCGCCAUGUACCAUGGACAUUUGAUCAGAUCCCCUACGCACGUAUUACAUAUAACCUGUUUAUUGCAUAUGCUACACAUGCAGACGACUCUAUAAGUACAUAUCUCUGCAUCACUUUGCCGAUAUUCAUCCAGUCAAAUCCCCUAACCUCUUAACCAAAUACAGCAUCACAUCGCAUAAGCUCCAGCUAACGUCGCCUUCGCAAUCUUCAUCACAACCAACAGCUUCAGAGUAUUCAGCCUCGACAACAUGAAGCUGCAGAGCUUCUUACUACCAGCUCUAGCUGGCAUCGCCACCGCCAAUGCGGAAGAGCAAUUCCAAAAUGCAGAGGUCUAUAUCAUCAAGCAACAAGAGACCACAGUCUCAAACCCUCCCUCAAUACCGCAAGACCUUGCUCAAGCUAUCCUCCUUCAGCGCCUCAGUACAUCCGAGCAGCCAUCAGCUCUAGGCCAACUACCCGAGUCGAUCUCCCAAGAAGAGUCCAUACUCUACCUCAACCAAUACGCGAAGACGCCUCGGCCGUUAUUCGAAGAGAUCGACGCGAACGAGCCUAGGCAGCUAGUUAUCGCGUUUUCCGGCGUCACGGCUGGGAAGCAGAAGGACCUUCAAGCCGCUCUUCCGGGCGUACCCCUUGCUUUUACGGCUCCUGGAUUGAGUCAAUUGUCUGUUAAGGGGAAGAAGGCGAGCUGCGCAUUUGAUCAGUCUAUUAACCCGGAGAACGGCAAGUGCUGGAAGGGCAAGACGCAAUAUCUCGAAUAUAAUGCUGCUAAGGAUGAGAACGUAAUCAAACAACUCGGCCAAAACAUCGCAACCCUCCAAUCCGGCGCCAAAUCCGGCGCCCUCGAGACCACCAUCCUCCUCCUCGCCGACCCCAGCUCCUCCUCCCUCCUUCGCCGAGAUGUCCUUGAAGAUGAGCUGGUCAUGGCCGAAGUGGUCGCAAACAAGGACAUCCCCACGGCCGACUCAUCCUUCAACGCGGACGGUUCCAAGAAGCCCUCCGACCCAUCCAAGCCCUUCCACGCCUUCUCCUCCAAACCCUCCAACCUAGCCGCCCGUCCCGCCAUCCUGCCCUCCUGCUUUACUUCGCACAACGCCUGCAUUGCGGCCACGGACAGCUGCUCGGGACACGGGGACUGCGUGAACAGGUGGGGCAACCUUGAGGGUGUCAAGGACGCGUGUUUCGCCUGCCGCUGCAUGAGCACGAACGAGACCGACGACGCGGGCCGCACGGGACUGUACCACUGGGGCGGAUCCGCGUGCCACAAGCGCGAUAUCAGCACCCCCUUUUGGCUGUUCGCCGGCGUGACGCUUGCUUUAGUUGGUACAGUUGCUUUUGCUAUCGGUCUGUUGUUCAACGUCGGCGAGGAGAAGCUGCCUGGUGUUAUCGGGGCUGGUGUUUCGAGGUCUGGGAAGUAAGUUGGGCGCUUACCUGCCUAGCGUAUGGCUUAAAUCAACCGGGGUGGUCUUGCGUAACUGCGUAGCUACCUGAAGAGAUCAAAAGAGAAGUCUGGAAACUGUAUGAACUACGAACAAAUGAAUAGAAGGAAGGACUACCGCCGAAGCUGAUCGAAGACACGGCACGGUGAGGGGCAGAGGAAAGACUGUCUCAUUACAUGGAUUGCAUGUUAAUGUAGACGAUAAUGCAGAUGUAUCAUACGUGUACUCAUACCGGGAACACAAAUAAACGGGCGCUGGUUAGCAUAUCUUGUCACCCCUUCACCAUCUAUAAGGGGGGGUUUUCGCAUGGUAUUUCAUUAUGUAGAAGGUUCAAGACACAAAUUUUACAAGGCUCGUUAAAUUGA